AAUUUCCAGUUAGUUCCAAUUGAAGAACCCUAAACUUUCCCCCAAAACCCCCGUAAAGAAGCACUAAAGACAUAGGGAAAAAUCGAUCUGGAGCUCCAGCAAAAUGUAUUACAGAGGAAACUAUGUUGACGGUGGUGAUGCCCGUGAAAUGGGCUUCAAAAGGCAACGCAUAAUGGAUCAAGGUUCCUCCUAUUAUGCUACUCCUCCGGGUUCAAGUUAUUUGUACAAUCCUCCUCCUCCUCCUCCACCUCCCCCUGCAUACUCUUACACUGGCCAGCCUCCACCUUUCCCUGUUGUUCGACUCCGUGGCCUCCCCUUUGAUUGUUCAGAGACUGAGAUUGCUGAUUUCUUGCAUGGUUUGGAUGUAAUUGAUGUGCUUUUUGUCCACAAAGGUGGCAGAUUUACAGGGGAAGCAUUCUGUGUUCUGGGAUACCCUCUUCAAGUUGAUUUUGCUCUUCAGAGAAACAGGCAGAAUAUUGGAAGAAGAUAUGUUGAGGUUUUCAGAAGCAAGAAGGAGGAAUACUAUAAGGCUAUAGCCAAUGAAGUUUUUGAUUCUCGUGGCGAUUCAGUUCCGAGGGCUAGAUCUACUGAUGAAAGGAAAGACUUAGCAGAACACACUGGUGUAUUAUGGUUGAGGGGAUUGCCAUUCUCAGCUAGCAAGGAAGAUAUUAUUGAAUUCUUUAAUGAUUUUGAGCUUUUGCAAAAAUCAAUCCAUAUAACAGCUACUUUUGAGGGUAGACCUACCGGGGAAGCAUAUGUUGAAUUUGCUAGUGCAGAUGAUUCAAAAGCUGCAAUGGCCAAGGAUAGGAUGACAAUAGGGAAUCGCUACAUAGAGCUCUUCCCUUCAUCACCUGAGGAGUUGGAGGAAGCACUUUCAAGGUGCAGGGUACUGGAGAAACCACUGGAUGGGAAGGAAAUGAAUGAAGACACUUGUAUUUUGCGAAUGAGGGGUUUGCCAUUUUCUGCUGGGAAGGAUGAUAUCAUGGAUUUCUUCAAAGAUUUUGAGUUGUCGGAGGAUGCAAUUCAUGUCACAUUUCUUCCAGAUGGAAGACCAACUGGAGAAGCUUUCGUUGAGUUUGCAAGCAAUGAUGAUGCCAAAGCUGCUCUGGCCAAGGAUAGGAUGACUCUUGGAAGUCGUUACGUUGAGCUUUUCCCAUCCUCAACCGAGGAUAUGAAUUACGCUGUAUCAAGAGGCCGGUGAUAAAUUUUGGUUUUCCUUAGUUAAUAAUCUUUAUGUUGUAACUUGGCAAUUUGGUGAUAGUAUUAUGCGAGGUUGACUUUAUUUUUCAGUAGAGGAGAUACAAAGGAUUUUUGGAAGGUGAAGCACAUGGUAUACUUUUGCAUUCAUAUGUUUGCUCAUGUUUUGAGUUUCAAUGCGAUUUUUCAUUGUUAUCUUUUUA